AUCUUUUUGUCACUUUCUUUUGUGUACUUGUUCAUGGCUCUAGUAAAUGCAGAAAAACCUGAGGUUGGGUCAUCCCCCUCUAGCUUGGGGCCAAGGAAUAAGAGUUGGGUCCUUUUGAUGUUAAGAUUUGUUGCAUUUUUAGCCACAGCAGCUGCAACAAUUGUGAUGGCAGCCAACAGGGAAACCAAAACCUUUGUUGUUGCCACCAUUGGGAGUACUCCAAUUAAAGCCACUGUCACUGCCAAGUUUCAGCAUACCCCUGCAUUUGUGUUCUUUGUAAUAGCAAAUGGAAUGGGCAGUAUCCAUAACUUGGUGAUGAUUGCAGGGGACACAUUUGUACGGAAGUUUGAUUAUAAAGGACUCCGUUGGGUCACAGUUGCCAUUUUAGAUAUGUUGACAGCGGCACUGAUAUCAGGAGGGGUGAACGCAGCAGUUUUCAUGGCAGAGUUGGGGAAGAAUGGGAAUUCACAUGCAAAGUGGAAUAAGAUUUGUGACAGAUUUGGAAGCUUCUGUGACCAUGGUGGUGCUGCUAUCAUUGCUUCCUUCAUUGGCCUUCUUCUCAUGCUGGUUAUUAGUAUUAUUUCCAUCAUUAAGCUUCUUAAACCAAAAUCACCCCUUGUUGAUUCUCAUGUAUUAGCCCCUUAAUUAAUCAAAUAUUCUCUUACAGCACUCUCAGUUCAUGUGCUUAAUUAUGCUGUGAUGUAAUUCUUGGACUUUGUUUAGGGUUUGUAAGUUUUUAUUGACAGCUUAAUUAUAAUGUCACCAAAAGUUUUACA